GCGCGCAGAAAUACAAUUUCACCGGAAGUUUUGGAGGCAGCAUUGGAAUUGUAAAUUUCUUAUCAUGCAUAAAAGUUAGCGUUCCCGCGAAGUAGAAUGGUUAACAUAAUACUGCAUGAUUAUUUUUAGUUCCAGAUACAUUCAUUUACUAUCUUGCAUAGCAGUUGACCCCUUUGUAUUAUUUGAGCUCCAAACUUUUGUGAAUUUUACCAACCGGUGUCGAUGUAAAUAAUAGAAAAUCGAGAUGUCUAACAUGUCCUACAACAAUCUGAGCCGCGCUCAGCUCAGUUAUGAGUAUCUGCAUACCAAUUCGACAACUCAUGAGUUCCUUUUUGGGGCACUGGCUGAGCUGGUUGACAAUGCAAGAGAUGCUAAUGCUACCAAGCUGAGUAUAUUUACAUUGUUUGAUGAAAGUCUACGUGGAGGUUACAUGUUGUGUUUCCUUGACGAUGGCGAAGGAAUGGAUCCAAGUGAAACCUCUGACAUUAUUACAUUUGGUCGUUCAAACAAAAGGAACCUAGAUGAUCAUUUGAUAGGCAUGUACGGAAACGGUCUGAAAUCUGGUUCAAUGAGAAUAGGAAAUGACAUGAUGAUAUUUUCAAAGAAAAAUCAGACGCAAACCUGUCUGUUUUUAUCAAGAACAUUCCAUACAGAGGAGAAAAUAGAAGAGGUGAUCGUUCCCCUGCCAUCAUUUAAAGCUGGUAGCAGAGAGCCUCUUGAUGACAGUGAAAUGGGACAGGAAAGGUUUGCUAUGGAGAUGGAUGUAAUUCUGCGAUAUUCGCCAUUUAAAACAGACGAUGAUUUCUUCGCCCAGUUCGAUCGUAUCGAGGGUGAUUCUGGUACUCUAGUCAUGGUUUAUAAUAUGAAACUAUUGGAUAACGGUGACCCGGAGUUAGAUAUACUUACAGAUCCACAGGACAUUAUUUUAACAAAUCCAGAGUCAGAUUUCGACUCAGAUGAUGGAUUAAUGGCGGAAAGGAGGUCGUUUAGAUCUUAUGUUGCAGUAUUGUAUUUGGACCCAAGAAUGAAAGUGUAUAUUCAAGGGAAAAAAGUGCGGACUCGAAAAUUAACCUCGUGUUUAUAUAAACCUAAGCUUUAUAAGUACACAUCUAAUAGAUUUAAAUCGCGAGCGGAAACAGAGGCUAAAAAAGCACUAGAUGAUGCUAAAGCGGCAGAAAUGAAAGCCAAAGAAGCACAAAGUAAAGCAAAGGAUUUAGAAGGAAGAACCAAAAGUCUCUCGAAAGCACAGUUGGCAGAUUUACGGAAAGCUCAACACCAAGCUGCGGAGAUGAAGAGAGAAGCCCAACUACGGCGAGACAGUGCUAAUAGAAAACAAAAAGCUUUAAAGGAACCAAAAACGUUAAAUUUAAUAUUUGGUAUAAAUAUAGACCAGCGAAGUCAUGAUGGGGUGUUUGUGUAUAACUGUAGUCGUUUAAUCAAAAUGUACGAAAAAGUUGGACCGCAAGUCGACGGUGGAGUGUUUUGCAGUGGUGUGGUAGGUAUUGUGAAUGUACCAUAUUACGUAUUAGAACCGACACAUAAUAAACAAGACUUCGCUGAUGCGAAGGAAUACAGACAUUUAAUGAAGGCAAUGGGUGAACAUAUGGUUCAAUAUUGGAAGGAUCUCAAUAUAGCUCAACAAGGAGUAUUAAAGUUUUGGGAGAAUUUUGGUUAUGUCAGUCAAAGAUGGAAAGAUCCUCCUUCAGACGACCCUAAAUAUGUGAGGAAACGUGCAAUGCAAAUUAAUGUUACUUUACAAUGUGAUUCAUGUUUAAAGUGGAGAUCACUACCAUUUUCGUCCAGUAAUGUAGGAAAGGAGUUUAGUGAUGAAUGGUGCUGUACAGAAAACAGUGAUACACAACAUAAUAGAUGUCAGGCACCAGAACAGAAACAAAAUAUUCCAGAGGGUUCGUUAAAGAAAGAGUCCAAAUCCCAGGAAGAAAAACAAAAAGAUCUGGAAGCAGAUAUAAAAAAGAAAAUGAAAUUAUUAGAACAAAUGCAUAAAAACCGAGUUGUGAGCUCAUCACGUGAAGCACAAGAGAUGGAUAGAAAGAAAGAAGCAGAAGAAAGGAGGAAACAAGAGGAAGAAGAAGAAGAGAGAGAAGAACAAACAAGGAAGGAAGCAGCAGAACUAAGACAGAGAAGAAAGGUAGAGGAGGAGAAACGAAAACAGAAAGAACUAGAGGAGAAAAAGAAAAGGAAAGAACAAGAAGCAAAACAGAGACAAAAGGAAAAAGAGGCAGAAGAAAGACGUAAGAGACGAGAGGCUGAAGAACGCGAGAGACAAAGACGACAAGAACAAGAUGAAAAAAGAAAGCAUAAAGAAGCCGAGGAGAAAAGAAAGAAGAAAGAGCAAGAAGAAAAACAAAGGCAUAAAGAAGAAGUAGCCAGAAAGAAAGCAGUAGAAGUUAAAAAGCAGGCAGCGUCAAAGAGACGAGCACCAUUGUUUGCUACGGAGGAAGAUGAAUCUGAAGAAGAGACCCCUGUUAAACGCACAAGAAAUUCAAAGGGAGGUAAACAAGAGGCAGAAGAGUCAGAUUCCGAGGAUGUGUCACCAAGGAGGGGCAGAAGUUCUGUUAAACCAACACCUAAGGCGGAACUAAAUGGUACAGCCAAAAGUAGGCGGGGUAAAUCCCCAGUUAAAGAUGAAUCUGAAAUGGAUGAUGAUGAUACAGGUUUUGAUAAUGAUGUAGAUAUGGACGAUGUUUCAGCAUCAGAUGUUGAUAGUAAUGGUGAUAUAGGGAAAAAAGUUGAGGUACAAGUGAACAAGAAAUGGACAGUUGGGUCAGUAGUUAAAGUUAACAGCAAAGACGGCAAAUGGUUGAUCAAGUUUGAUAAUAAUAAAAGAGACAGAAAUGAUAAAUGGUAAGUUUAGAUUUUUGAGAU